AUGGUUCCUCCUGACGUGACCAACUUACAUCUUGUGCGAAUCAGUGCGAAUGACUUCACCAUUGCAUGGACAAAACCGAAGUUCAGUUUCAACUACUACUGGAUUGAUGUCACGGGUGUUACGAAUGUUGGCACGAGGGCAACACCUGGCACGACAGGGUCGUGUGUCAACGGCACCAUAAUUCACGCUGACUGGACACAGGUCACCUGCAGUCAGCUCCAGCCUUGCAGCAAAGUAAGCUUCCAGGUACGCACCCAUAUCAGUGGACCACCUUCCCGCACUUCUCAUGGCGUCUCUCUACAAGACAUCCUCAUUCCCGCCUUAGUGCCACCUGAGGUGACAAACCUGACACUAGGUGCCGUUGAUGAAGACACCUUCGUCCUUAAUUGGCAACGGCCUGAUGCUUGCUUCGACUAUUACACCGUAGAGGUCAUCGAUGAAAGCACCUAUAAUAGGAGCGCCGUGACGUGCAACAACGGUACCCUGAUUGAUCCAAGCUGGACGAGCGUCAUCUGCGAUCAAAUCAAGACGUGUGCAAACGUCACUAUCCGAGUGAAAACGCACACUUGGGGACCCCCUGAACGCGCUUCAAUCGGCACCGUUUUGAAACACGUCUUCCUGCUAGGAAAAGCGCCCCCUGAGCCGACUAAUAUGAAGCUGGUUUCCGCAGAAGGCGGUAAUUUCACCGUCAAAUUCAAAGUGCAACGAGAAUGCUUCGACGGUUGGUACUUGUAUAAAGGCGUUGUCAGUAAAAGCAAUAGUAGCGUGUUAACUGCUGACAAUUGCGUCCUUAAUAGGUCGGCUUAUAACCAGCGAACACUUAUCUGCACUGCAAUUCAAGCUUGUGGCAAGUUGGACUUGAAAGUAUGGACUGUGAGAAACGGACCACCAGAGCGGCGCUCUUCUCCAGCUAUAUUGCCCUCCAUUCAUAUACGCGGGAACUGUUUACGAUAGCUUCAUUUUAACCGAAAACCCCAACAUUAUUCUGCAAAUAAAGUGCACUUUUAUGUUCGUGCUUA